CUGCAUGCAGCGCUGCAGCGCUGCAGUACGGUAUAUAGGUUCCGCAAUGAAGCGCCCCCGUUUUCCUGAUGCGCAAUCCUGGUGAUCUAUGAACUGCCGCUGCGUUUAGCCAUGGAGGCUCGACCAGCACCUCCCAAGCUCACAGAGUGUGGAUAUUACGAUGUUGCGGAAUUGCAGAGGAUAUCAGAGAGGCUGCUGCUCACGCUGGCAGCUGCUGCCGUGGCAAAGACGACUGGCGACUUGUUCAGAGGACCGUCCGCAGUGGUGCCAGACUUGAAAACCUCGCUGCUGGAGUACCUCCACCAGCAGAGCGAGUCCUAUAUCGGAGGCGCUCACACGGAGGUUCCCCACGCGGUGAUCGAGGGCAUGCUGGAGAACUUUGUCCGCAGCCAGCGCAGCUUCAUGGGCAAGGUCCCCGGGCUGACCAACCGGGACGAGAAGAUCGAGGAACUAGCAGCGGAGCUCGACCGGCAGAGCGCCUGGAUGAACGGACGGAGGGAGUUCCUGGCGAAGGCGCUGAUCAAGCGCGUGGACCGCAGCCAGAUGGUGCACUGCAAUGCCAGGUUCGAGGACGAGACCGAGCUCGCAAAGCACAAGAGCGAAGAGUGCCUCUUCCGCCCGCUCAGCUGUCCCCACGACGGCUGCACCGAAGUCUUUUCGGCGCUGCACGAAGAAACGCACGAUGCCAUGUGUCCCUUCAAGCUGCUGCCCUGCGAGCAGGGCUGCAAGGAGCGGGUGACACGUGGCGACAUGGACAAGCACUGCGUGACCACGUGCCCGAUGAAGCUCGUGGCGUGCCCGUUCGAGAGCGUGGGCUGUAAGGAGUCGUUGCAUCAGUGCGAGGUGGAAGCACACUGUGACACGUGUACACAAAUCCAUCUAAAGAUGGUGCUGCGGCUGGGGCAAAGACAGGAGGUGACGAUAGGGUCGUACGUGCAGCGCUUGGCGCUGGUCGAAAAGUCGGUGAGCCUGGCGGCGCGGUCGGCGGACGUCGACGUGCACACGGUCAGUCUGCAGCUGAAAGAGUCGGAGGCCAAAGUGCGGCAGCUGUCGGCGGAGGUGACGCAGCUGAAACGAGAUUUGAAGGCAAGUGACAUGUCGGCGGAGGUUUUGCAACUUAGGAGAGAGUUGAGACAGUUGCAGAAGAUACUUGAACGGGAUUGAGAUGUUGGAUCGUGACUCCUUGAUUAGCUGAUCACUGUGGUAGGAUCUGUAUCAUAUGGAAAGAUAGAGAUCAGAGUGAUUCGUAUUCCCUUAGCUUAUAGUACAGGUGACCGCUACACAGGUACAUAGUAUUGGAAGCAGAGCAUGGCGCCCUUUGUCAUUGCAAGCCGUGAGAUAUUAAAGUAGAUCAAGAACUUCGGAGAUUUGUGCAUUGAUGUGCGUUUGAAUCAAUUGAAAGCGCA